GUGCGGGGCGAGGAAGAGGAGACGGGAGGAGGCUGUCUGUCAACCUCGCUCUCUUCUCUUUUCUCUUUCUCUCUCUCUCUCUCUCUUCCUCCAUGUCUCAUAUAUUCAGGUGAUUUAUUUUUCUGUAGUACGGCAGCUGGCAGGUACUUGUAAAUCGUUGCUAUGCGUGAUGUGAGGUGAGUGAGAUGAGGCAGUGAGUGAAACGACAUGACACGGCGUAGCGAGGAAUGUAUGAUGGUAGCUACGCAUGGGUGGAGGGGAGGUGACCCCAGGAACAUGCUCAUCGUGCCCACAGAAACAGUGAUCCGGGUCGCUGCCUCUCACGACACCACGGUCUUUGUUACAGCAGGAGGAAGGCUGUACAUUGGCCAGUACACAGGCCAUGAACGAGGCAGCCUGAAGCAGGUUGAGUUGGGUAGCCGGUGUGUGCGAGAUGCAGCUGUGUAUCGAGGCCAGGUGGUAUUUGUCACGGAUGCUGGAGAGGUGUUCACUCGAGACUUGGCAGGGGGAGAGGUACGAUCCUUGCCAGUACUGGAGCCCAAGAAGACCUGCACCCAUGGCCAGGAGGAGAAGGGCAGGAAGGUGAGGGUGCGGGCAGUGGCAGCCGGCACUGAUCACAUCCUCUUCCUCAGCGCUCAGGAUGAAAUUUGGGUUCAAGGAUGCGGACCAGCUCUGGGCUUGUUCACCAACAAGACAGAAAAUGAGAUCACCAAUCCAGCCCGUGUGGACUUCUUCAAGGGGCGGCGGGUGUUGCAGGUGGAGGCAGGGGCUUACUUCACUGUGGCCUUAGUGGAGGCGCUGCCCCCAGUGCACUCUGACCCCUCAGCCGACGGCGACCACAUUCCAGAUUAUGACUCCUUCGUGAGAUCCUGUGAGCAGUGUCGGCGGGAGACUGGGGACCGGGUGCUCUUUGAGGAGGCCGAUGAUGGGUUUGAGAAAUGUCCGCUUGGCCUGGCGGUGAGGAAGGAUUAUGGUGGCCACGACCACCGCUCUGACCUGCUCUCCCCAGCACCAAGUAGCGUCAACAUGGACGGCCGCUCCUCUAGAAACAGUGCCUUCCAUGAGGAUGGGGAGUCGUCGGACUGUGUGGCAGAUGAUCUGGACCCUACCUCAGGGGAGGCGUCCUGCAAUGGUACGGCUCUCAACACGCCAGUUGAGUCUCAUUCGGGCAUCGAACUGAAGGAGAUGGCCCGGCAGCACAAGCAGAGUGUCGGCAGUGACUUUGAGGUGGUGGACUGUGGAGAGGAUGAGGUGGAUGGCAGUGAGGAUGGCACAAGGCGGAAGGGAAGCUCUGGGGGUCCUGGCAGCAGUCUGUUCAUCAAUGCAGAUGCUGCCAGGCAGUUCAUCUCCCGCCAGCUAUCCUGGAUGACCACCAACGUGGACCCAGGGGAUUGUGGUGCUCCAGAUGCUGACCGUGUCAACAAAUACCACAUAGACAGUGCCACAGAACUAAUAAAAGAGAAUGUGGCCAGUGCUGCUAACAGUGCUGCAAGUCUGGUGGCUACAGGAGUGAGGACUGUGAGUGACAAGGUGGGCCAGUUAUCUCGACACUUCAGCAGCAGUGAGUGUGCGGACGGAGAACUUCCAGACCUCACCCCAGACUCUGACCCGUUUACCCUGGAGUCUCUGUAUACCAAAGUCCCUACACCAAAGAUGAGCAAGAGUGAUUCGUACGAGUGCAACAGUCUUCCACGCCGUCUGUCGGAUGAACUUGCCCGCAAAAAGACUCACUCACGCACUGGGUCAGGUGGCAUCAGUUAUCCGAAGAUCAGCAGAGAUGGUAUGUUUGCCGUGGAGAAAGGCCCGGAGCAGGUUGCCAAGAACACCAGCCUCAUCAUUGAUGGGGGACGCCACAUACUGAACACAGAGGUGUGGGCAUGGGGGUCAGCCAGCAAAGGACAGCUGGGUCUGGGUGACUUGAGCCACCGAUCAACACCCACAUGCAUCACCACUCUCAACCACAUGGGAGUGACCAAGGUGGUGUGUGGUACUCACCACACUGCAGCACUCACCAUUGAUGGCCAGGUAUAUAUAUGGAACCAGAAAGAUACUAGAGAUGAUGUUGAUGUGGCCACAGCCGAGCCAAAGUCCCAUAGGCCGUCGUAUUGGAAGGUUUGGGUUUGGGGUGACAAUUCAGGUGGGCAAGGAGGUCCCAACAUCACUGCCACCACCACCACUACUGCCUCAGCCUCCAGCAGUGUCCCGUCCCCAAGCAAGUCUCCCAGUAAGUCCCCAAACAGAAUGAGUGCUGCAGCGUCGUCCAUCAUGAGUCCAAGGAGACUGGACGUGCCUGAGGAGGGCGGUGGCUUGCUGGUGCGGGAUUUGGCCUCAGGGGACAACUACCUCAUUGUUAUCACAGUAGAUGGUCUUACUUACUACAUAGGCAAGCUCAGGACUGAGGAGGAAGCAAAGGUUCAGCAGAUUCCUGUGGGUGAUGCUACAGUGCACUGCCGGUCAGUGUUGUGUCAGUGUGACAGUGUUGUCUGCACCACAGACGAGAUGCAUCCACAGGUGGUGAAGUUUGUGAAAAGUGAGACCACUUUUCUGAGUCUGCUGAAGGCUGUGGUGCAACAUGUGGUGCGGCCUUUCCUGUCCUCGUGUUCCUCCAGCACUAAGGGCAUCUCCUCCUCUCCUUCCUCCUCCACCUCACAGAAAGACAACAGCUCUUCCUCAGGGACGGGAAAUGCAGCCUCAGGUGGGGGACAGAGCUUUGGCUUGUUGAACAGUAACCAGAUGAACCAGACCAAACAACAACUGCUGGAGGCAUACCUGGAUGUGACUCAGGCAGUGGCCAGCAGCCUUAGUGACCUGCUGGAUGACCAGGCUGCAGAUGUCACCGCUGCCAUCCCCAUCAUCAGACAGGUGGAGGAACACAAGUCCAUCUAUCAGAGGUACAUGAAGCUAGUGUGUGAUGCUGUGGCCAUGAGUGGCCUUACCAUCACCAGCAAGGAGGCCACUGCUGUUCUGGAGAAGUGCCAGCCAGUAUUUGCGUCCUUGAUUCCAGAGGAGAAGCGUCGUAACCCCAGUGAUCUCUUCUCCUACCUGAUUCUGAGACCUCUGCAGCACAUCCAUGAAUACGAGAGCUUUGUGCAAACCAUGAAAUCUGAUGGCGAGAACUACUACUCUCCCUUCACGCUGGACAAGAUCAGAGUUGCUCACGCCCACUGGAAGCAGCUGUCCAUCACUGCACACAAGAACCUGCUUGAGGCUGAGGACACCAAGAACUUUUGGGAGACCUGCAGCCUCAAGAUGGUGGAGGCUCUGAGCACUCCCUCCAGGAGGAUGCUGCGGGAGUCAAGGACGCAUCCCAUAAAUGUGCACAAUGCUGGACGCUUCUCCUCACACUCCUUUGUGUUGCUGACUGACAUAUUGGUGCACAUCCAGUACUCCACUUUCUCCACUUACAACCUUAACACCAUGUGGGUGGAGGCAGUCUCCAAUGUUCCCAAUGUACAGCAUGGAAUCUACAUCACCUUACCAGAAGACACCCUCACCCUCACCUGUCCUUCUAGUGGGGACAAGAACCAGUGGAUGUAUGUGCUACAGGAAGGCAUCAAGAGGGCUGUUGAUAAGUCAGAGGAGUCGGGAGGAACACUAACGUCCCUGCCCAGGUCUGCCCCACUGGUCAGGAACGCCUCCUUCACUUUCACCAAAAACCCUUUAUAUAAAGAUGCUACUUACUCAGGCCAGUGGGUGUGUGGCAAGCUGCAUGGAGAGGGAACCAUGGUGUGGGGAGAUGGCCGCCGCUACGAGGGACAGUUCCGGCAGAAUGUUUACCAUGGCUCAGGGCGGUUGGAGGUGCCCAUGGGAGGCGGCGCCAAUGUUUAUGAGGGCACCUGGAAGAACGGCAAGCUGGAGGGGAAGGGCAUCAUCAGAUAUGCCAAUAAGGAUGUGUACAUUGGGAACCUGAAGGAGAGUCAGCCACAUGGCCAUGGGGAGCUGAAGAAGGGUCGGUUCAGUUCCCAGGCUGCCUCUAUCUACACUGGGGAGUGGAGUAGUGGGGUGAAACAUGGCUAUGGUGUCCUUGAUGAAAUAGCCAAAGGAGAGAAGUACAUGGGUACGUGGCAGAACAAUGUGCGUCAUGGGCCAGGCAUGGUGGUGACUAUGAAUGGCGUUUACUAUGAAGGCAACUUUCACCAGAACAAGCUAACAGGUUGUGGCUUGAUGAUGUUUGAAGACAAGACUUACUUUGAGGGAGAGCUGGGCAUGGGAGGAACCUUUGCAGGGAAGGGCAGCUUGCAUUAUCCCAGUGGUGAUACUAUUGAAGGCACUUUCACUGGUAACUGGGAGGAUGGCAUAAAGAUCAAUGGUGUCCUUCAGAAAGGCAUCAGCUCCCCAGAUGAAGACAAUGUUCCCAAAUCUUUUGGAAAGUUUAGUGUCCAUGCUGAUCAGAAGUGGACAGCUGUAGUGAGGCAGUGCCAGGAGCAGCUGGGCUUAUCUGCCGGCACUGACAUCACCACCACCAAGGUGUGGGAGACGCUGGCUAUGAGACUCGAGUUGGAGAAGCAGGCGUCUCAGCGGCAUGGUGGCUCGAUGGAUUUGCUCGACGGCAUUGAUCGCAUUCCAGACACAAGGGAUGAACUUACCUAUCAAUUUUUCUUGGAGAUUCACACCUACUUAGGCAAGGCUUUUGGAAACAGACUUCACCCUUUGGGCCAGUUGCUGCUGUCCCUUGUUGAUGCUUUCCGGGCCACGUAUGGGGGAGUGGUGGCUCACUCCCGCCUCCUUCCCUAUGCUGUCCAGGAGGUUCGAUCAUUCACUUCAAGGCUCUAUCAGUUGGUGGGUGUGUUGUUUCCUGCACUGCCAUCAGAGUCUGAGAGUGUCUUAUUGGAGCCAGGUGAAGAGGACCAGGAGGAGAUUGUGGUGACUCCUGCCUUUGUGAUCCAUCCCUGGCUGCUGCCUCAUGUAUACUCCCCGCUAUCCACCCUGUACGUGCUGCAGCAUCAGCACAAGGAUGAGGAGUACUGGCGACGACUCCUUAAGUGGAACAAGCAGCCGGACACUGCUCUCAUGACCUUCCUUGGGGUGGAUGUGAAAUUUUGGCUUCCUGAGGGAGCCAGCUUAGUUGAGUCUAGCCGGACUCUGGGCACCCUGAAGGAUCAACACUUUACUGAGGCCAUUGAGACUCUUCAGAUGCUGUCAACAUCAUUCAGUCCCAGAGACAAACUGAACCUCAUCCACAGUACUUUCCAACUAGUUAGCAAGGCUGUCAUGGCCAAGCUGGGGAGCAACUACCUGUGGAGCAUGGACGACCUGUUCCCAGUGUUCCAGUAUGUGGUGGUGCGCUCUCGCAUCCAGCACCUGGGAGCUGAGAUCCAACUGGUGGACGACCUGUUGGAGCCCCACAUGCAGCAUGGAGAGCUGGGUAUCAUGUUCACCACACUCAGGGCUUGUUACUAUCAGAUUCAGAAUGAGAAACUGACUCAUAUGCUCUGAUAGAAUUGAAGUUAUAAGAGCAGUGGCUGUCAAGAGGAAGCAGUGUGUUGACUACCUGACUCUGUGGGAGGGAGCUUUCUUUGCUUUCCUGCGAAAUGCCCUCUUUGAUGUGUCCUGAUGCAUCAGCUUUGAGAUAGAACUGUGGCACUCAGAUUAAUGACAUUGACUUUUGCCCUUAAAAGUGGCCAUCAGUGACUACAACCAGAACACUAGAGGGAAAGAAAAUGAAUACUGGAAAAUACUCCUUCAGUAUUAAGUAUUUUGAUAUUUGGUGAUCACAUUAAACAUGAGAUUGAGAUUAUUGCAGUGCCUGCAGGAACAGAGAUGAUGUCUUGUGUGUUUUCAACUUUAAUGGAAACAUGAUAUUCAUUACUAAGAUGAAAGAAAUCAAAAUCUUUUUUACAGCUAUUAAUUUUCUGUCAUAGGAUACAAACUUAGGGUACAAAGAUGUGUACUGUAAAAAAUAUGCAUAGACUGUGACCCUCCUGUGUACUUCACAAAUAUCAUUGUGAAGUUGCAACCCUUGCCACUGCAUUUGCUCAGACUUACAUUAAUCAUAUCAGUUUAUCAGGAUGUAACAUUCUUUGCAUUACGAGGAACUGGGCAGAUAUGUAGACGAGUGUGUAAUUAGAACAUGUAUUCAUUGAGUGUUGGGUUGCCUCCUUUGGGUGAUCAUUGAAGUACUAUUUGAAUGCUGAUGUCAUUGGUAUCUAAUUUUGUAUGAUUCAUUAAGUCCUCCAGAGAAUGAUGUAAGCAUGCAUUAAUUUCUGAACUCAAGAGUGUUGUUAUUAUCUCAUUACUUUUGUUUAUAUUUGUAUACUGUUCAGCUUGGGUCAUUUGGUUCUUAUGUUAGUAUAUGUAAAGCAUAUAUUUAUAUCUUAGUUUAUAUUUUAUCUUUUUUUGGGGGUGACAAAUAUGCUUUUAUGAAAUGCAUUAUGAUCCUCAUCAUCAUUAGGUUAAUAUUAACAUAGAAUUUGUUGGUCCUGAAUUUUUCACACAUUCUUGUAUCUAAGAUCACAAGCAGGAUUUCUUGCAUGUGUGACCUCCUUGUCCAUGAUAACUCAGUAAAUCCUGUAUUUUAGCAAGUACUAAUUAGUGCUGUCAAGCUGUCAAAACCCAGAAUGAACAUGUUAAAAGGUCUGAUUCAGCAGGAACAAAACCCAUUAUUAUAAGUUUCUGAAGUAGUGACUUGUCCCUUGGCUGGCAGUAAUGGAAAGCUGACAGGCCAGUGGUGAGGGUUUAAGUGCCACUCCUGAAGACAGUUUUGUCACUAGUUCUGUCUGGCAAACUGGAGGGUUUACUGUGGGUUGUAUUCUUAGUAAUGAGUUCCUCAUAACUUCAACAGUGCUUGUCAGGAUUAGCACUGCAUAAAUGUAGCGCUGGUCGCUAUUAAUUGAAAUGAUACAUAUUAUUUGAAGGGAAUAUUGAAAGGUAUGUAGCCUGGGACCUUUCACUUCAUGGAAAAAUACAGAGGCAGUGCACAUAUUUUUGAGUGAAGAUUGAAGACUGAAGCAAUACUGUACAUUUUCUUUAUGUGUCUGACUGGAGGCCUGAUACUAUGCCCGACUGUAUAAUCACUGCAAGGCUAUUAGUGAUCCUUUUAUACAGUAAUAACAGAUUUAUGCUAUGGUUGAUACAAACUGGUAAAGAUUUUUCUGAGCUUAUGCAUUCUGAGAGGAAGAUUUGGUUUUGAAACCUACCUGUUGUGAUGUGCAUGCUUUAAUAAUUAGUUUACUGUGUGUGCAAGGUGUAUAUGUUUUACAGUUUGGCAUUUAUGUUAUGCUGUCUUUAAUGCAUCAGAAUGUGAUAUGUAUGAUAAGUUUUUCUAUUUUUGGAACAAAGAGCGGUGUGCAUGUUAUUAAUGAUGAGAUGACACACUGGUGUUGAUGUGCAUUUGGGCACAUUUGUAGCUGGACCACACUCACAGGAAUUGGUCUACAUUACUGACUCACAGAAAUAUAUGCUGUAUUUUUGGGUGUAUAACAUGCAUUUUAUACCCUAAAGGAUUUGUGAAUGAUCAGCAUCCUGUACAAUGAAGGUCAUGCUUCUGAUGUCUUUGAGUCUUGAUUUUUGUGAUAAUACAGCUGGAAAUAUAGUAAAUAUUUCAUCGUCCUCUUGGUUACUGUAUUGUAGCCUGUAGGAUCUAACUAGUCUCAAGGAUAAAUAUUUGGAAUUAUUUAAGCAUUUUUAACUAGAGUUAAAUUUUUUUGCUAUUUGUUUUGUGCUUCAAUUGUUAACGUUUACAGAUAUAUAUUUUGUGUUUCUGUUCAUGAAAUGUUUCAUUGUAUUUGCACGAGAGAAUUAUUUAAAGAAAUAUAAAUGCAUUUGUUAUUUCUGUUACCAGUCUUGUGACAGUUAUUCAUCCAUAUGUCAUGUGCUUGUCAUUCAUGCCCGUGGAAACUGUCUAGAGGUUGAUUUUCCUUUCACUUCACCUCUGUCUUUCUUUGCAAACUGACAUAAUUAUUUUGUCUUGGACUGCAUGCUCAUUAUCUUUUCUGUCUUCUUUUUUGGCUUAAUUUUGCACUUGUGGAUGGUGUGUGUGUGUGUGUGUGUGUGUGUGUGUGUGUGUGUGUGUGUGUGUGUGUGUGUGUGUGUGUGUGUGUGUGUGUGACUAAAUGAUAUAUCUACAGGAUUGAGAACAACUUUUUGUGUAAUCUUUUGAUACUUUUCUGUCAUGUUUUUCUUGUGGUGCACCAUUGUGUCCCUAGUUUUGUUUUGUUACUGUAUGUGGAGAAUGCUGCAAGUAUUUAGUAAAUGUUUUGAGGUAUGGAAUUACUGGUGAUGAUUAAUGGAGGCAAGUAACUUAAAGCACACUGUGGCACAAUGUUUGUAUAGUAUGUAUUUUCAUAACAAGAAAAUAGGUACUUGUUGAUUUGAAUAAUCCCUCCCUUACAAUUUUAAAGAUGUAAAGAUCUUACUCACCCAAGAUGAUAACCAUUGCAUUUAUUGAGGUAAAAUGAAUAAAAAGCAAAUGACCAGGAGAAUAUAUUAUCAUUAAUCAAACUUCUGCUUCCCAUUGUAAGCAGAGUAAAAUCUCAACACAAGGAAAUGAUAGAAAAGUUCCAAACAGUGAAGUAGAUCUUGCAUGUUGAGCACCACAUUAGGAGAACCUGACUUUUCACUUGUAUAGUGUGUGCUCCUCUACACAGGAGCAGAACACAAGUCCAGAGAAAAGGUCUGUCACAUGUGUAAGGGGAAUGAGUAAUGCAGGUGGAAUUUUUCAUUCUAAAUUUGCGUCUUCAAAUUGAUUGGAAGUUCUGUACUUUUUAGCUUUAUUUCCUCUCACAGAACCCACAUCUAUACAGAAAACAUGUAUAUCUAUUGUUAUGUGAAGCAAAUACAAGUUUAUAUAUAUUAUCCAUGGAUGCUUAGGAUUCAUAUGAAUUGAUUUUAUGUGAGAAUUGUAAACUAAACUAUGUAGAUAGAAAGCAGAUAUUGGAAAGUUUUGGAAUUUAUUCUAUGUUGUAAUUAUGUACAUACAUAGGUCUGAUGUAUGAAGUAGUAACAUGUUUAUCUGUGAGUGGAGGAGACCCUUGAAGAGCUGUGCAUGUAGUGCUCUCAUCCAGCUUUGGUCUGAGUGGUGUGGCCAAAUAUUAUGGAGCAGUGCCUUUCUUGGUUAACAGUGUUUAGUUUAUGCGUUUGUGUCACUUACAUACCCAACCCUGCAUCAGCUUGUCUCAUAGUGACAUGAGAACAUGUGACUAUAAAUACUUUUGAGCUCCAUCCUCACUGUUAUCACUGAACUCCUCACUAAGGCAGCUACUCUGAAGAAUAAUACAUAGUACUGUACAUGCAUUACUUUGGCAUGGGUGGAAUGUAAAGUUUGAGGAAUGGAGCUAUAGGUAGUAGGUAUAGUUGUAUGCUGUUGUGGCAUUACAUUACACAUUCUUUAUCAGUGAACAGUGUUUGGAGUACAGAAUGCCUACAUAUCAGCAAGUCUUAUGGAGUGUGAAGAUGCCUCAUAAAUGUGCAGAACCCAAUUUCACAAUUAUUUUAUUUUAUCAUGAUUUUUUUUUUUCCAGUGUGAUGCCUCUGGGGACUGUGUUGGCAGAUUUGUCAAGGAAUUGUCAAGUAUCCAGAUAAUACUAUUGUAAUUUUAUAUGUUGCUCAAUGAUACUUAUUAAUGUAAAGAUUAAUCAAGAUUAUGUUGCUCCUCUUUGUUGCCUUUGUUGUGUAUUACAAUGGUUAUGGUAAUUAGUGAAAAGUAUGAACUUAAUAUGUUAGAAUGGUUUUCAUGGUGAAUUUUAGAUCUAUUGUGCUACUGUGAACGAGAGUGAGCGAGUGAGUGAGUGAGUGUUUGCAAGUAUCAGUGAUUAUCAUUGCUAGAUCUUUAUUUUCAGUGUGGAAUUUUGUUAACUAUUGCUUUUGUAAUUACAGUUUUAUUAUUAUUAUAAUAAACAUAAGUUUUGUUUA